CUGGGAUAGCAGUCGCAUCGCGCCCGUUGCCGACUGGCUCCCUGAAAUGUUUUGAAGUGUGGGUUGAAGUUCUAAACAAAAUGUUGCCACGGGAGCUGUGCUGACCGGCCGUAGUGUCGGUACCGUCCCAAUAAACGCGUGCUGAGGCUGGUUACUGUGACUCACGCGUUUCGCGGCUGUAGAGACCACAUGGUGGUGUCAGAAGUUUGGAGCUCGGCUCGCCGCCGCUACUGCCUCCGUACUCCGGGAGAGAUCAAGGGUCGGGGAGGGCUUGUACCACGGGGGAGUCACUGCCUUAUUUUAAAAGCCAUGCUCGCCAGCAUCGCAUGGAUGGUGCUCUGCAAAACACGGAUUUCCCACUGCUGAGGCUGCAAAAGUAGACCGGGUUUGUCAAAGGCAUUGGUCAGCAUAAUUCAGCAGUGCCAGAUGUUGCAAUGAAUGGCGACACUGUAGAACAAGGGUCUCUGACGCAGCCACGUAGCUGGAAAGAGUUCUGUGAGCUACAUGCCCAUGCUGCUGCCAGGGAACUUGCCAGGCAGUAUUUGCUGUUUGCAAAUGAAAAUCCAAAUCACGACAUACAAGGGGCUGAAAAAUUUUCUUCAUAUUUUACCGAUCUUUUUCAGCAGUACUUCAGGAAUGAGGUAAAGGAGGGAUUUGUUAUGAACAGGUGUAGUGUUGUGCCCUUUACAGGAGUACAGGAUUACAGGGAAACGGGCAGGAAGAAUCCUGAUGGCUCUUCUGGUCUGGUUUUACCCAAGAUGGAAGCUGAGGUGAACAGUGCUGAGGCAUCAGAAAGGGGUUCUGACACGCACCUUCAGUUUUCGUCAAAAGCUCGAAGCUCUGAAGAUGUUUCAAUCUCUGCAUGCCCUUCGCUUGAACGACCAAAAGCAUUGACGCAGUUUACUAGGACUGUGGGGGGCAGUAUAAGGGGUCUGUUCCGGAGAAAAUCAGCAGACUCUACAGUGAUUGAAAGAAAAGGAGGAGCUUCUGCAGUAGCCAACUCACCUGAAAAAGAAUGGUUGAAAAACCUGACUCAUAAAUUCACUCGUUCAAGAACUCCAUCUAAAGAAGAGGUCCAUGACAUCCGCAAGGAAGAUAUAUUAAAUUAUAUGGUGGUGGAUGACGUAAGCAUGGACGUGGGGACACGAUGGCAAAAAUGUAGGCUGCUUGUGCGAAGGGCAAAGUCCUGCGAGGGUGACGAAUACAUCUUGGAGUUGUUUGAUCCACCAAAGUGUUCCAAGCCGAAGCACAGUACUCCUUGUUCUGCAAUUACAGAGAUAAGAACAUGCACACAACUUGAGAUGCCAGAUAAUGUAAACACAUUUGUACUAAAGAUCCUGCAGAUCCAGGUCAAAAGUUACUUGGAAGUAAUUUUUGAGGCUGUCAAUGAUCAGCAGUUGAAUCUAUGGACAACAAAUAUCAGAGAAUGCAUAAAUCCAUGGUCAGAGAGAACUGAUGUGGAGCUGCUCCCUACUCCUCGCCCUAGCAUUGUGCAGACAGGCACUGUUGAUGGUACCACAGAUUCGAUUCACCAGGGAGCUGCACAUCACUGCGCAUCAGAACAGCCCUACCACAAGACUGACCAGCUCUUUUCAUCAUACGCCUGGUUUCAUGGUCCAAUCUCUCGAUUUAAAGCAGCUCAGCUGGUACAGAUUCCAGGAACUGAGGGUCAUGGGGUCUUUCUUGUGCGGCAGAGUGAAACACAGCGGGGAGAAUAUGUCCUCACUUUCAACUAUAGAGGAAGAGCAAAGCACCUACGACUGCUUGUGACAGAAACUGGGAAGUGCUUCGUCCAACACUUCCGUUUCCCAUCUGUCACAGAAAUGCUGAACUAUUUUGGAACGUUUGCAAUCCCCUUGGAGUGUGGCACAACCUGCGAAGUCAAACUGUCCAGCUAUGUGGUGGCAAUUCCUUCACAGCAAGGAUCCUUUUCACCAAGCAGUGCAUUGGUGUUGCCAUUUUCCGUCCAUCGCUCAAACUCAGAACCCAACCUUGCCCACUUGGGUCCUUCCAGCUGCAAUGUAUCAGAAACUCCUCAAGCUGGACCAGAACAGGUGUUUCACACAGUGCCCCCUUCCGAGGAAUCUUUCGGUGGCCUGCGACGCAGUGGUUCAGUAGUUGUGCCAACUAGGCACCAGCGAGACUCAGACUAUGACAUGGAAUCAGCUGCCAGGGGUCAUUCACGGGCCAUUGACAAUCAGUACAUGUUCCUUUGAACAGGUCUGGUAGACACAUUUGAUAAAUCAACACUGAAAAUGGUUUUCUCUGAAAACAUGAAUGUAUUUUUCUGUUUCAGGGUGGAACACAAGGCAAAGGUGAGGAACCUUCAGACCAAAACCUUGUUUACUCUGAAAUGUAUUCUUUCUAUUAGGCCUGUUGAAGGGUCUGUUUACAGCAUUAAUUUUUGUAGCUUUGCUCUUAAUUUUUUCUUAACAUAUGUUUUAACUGUGUCCCCACUGGACAUCAAAAUGAUUGUCUUGUACAAUUUGUACAUAUGUAUUGAAUAAAAAGUUUAAAGUACUUCUUUAUAUAAUGUUAUUUCCAUUAACCAAACUUAAAUGUAGUAAAGUUGCUUUAUGAUUUAACAAUACAAGCACUUGCAGCAUUUAAAGGCUAAUUUGCAGGAAUUCUGUUGAGUUUACAUGUUCUAGUUAAAUGUCUGUAAUUAAGAACGCCUUACUUGCCUGUACUUUUGCAAAAGCUUAACUGACAGUUCAGGAUUGUAAACACUAAGGUGAUGUAAUUUCUGGAAUGUUUAGCAUAUUACAGGUGGAACUUGGCUUCUUGGUUCCCUAUUAUGGCUACUGCAAAAUUCACAAUGAGCGGUUGGGUACAUAGCUUUGGUUAUAUUUAAUGAUACCCAGAAAGUCAGGGAUGUUGUUGAAGGGUAAAAGCAAAUUGGUGUCUCUUUAAGGCACAGUAUAAAGAAUAGUGGAUUUAUUUAUGUUGACUUGCAGAUAAGUUAAAUGCAAAUACUGGGGUAGCAUUAAUGGGAAGAGAAUAAAGUCUAAGUUGAUGACCUUUACAAAAAAUUAUUAGGCUUUCUUUUGUAUGGAGAGGUCAGUUAAGAAUUUGUAGACGUUCUGGAUCUGAUAUACUGGGUGAGAAAGUUUGGCUUGCAAGUUUGGGGAAAGGGGGCAGUUAAUCAUAAUCGUUCCUUCAAAAAUAUUAGUUUUUAAAAAAUGUUUAGUUUGCUACAUUAACAAUGCUUUCUGAUUGUUUUAAGCUUCAUGUUAUCCUGCUGGAGUUCUUCAGAAAGUGCAGAAUCAGGACAAAAAAAAGUCAUGUCCUGGGCCAGAAGACUAGUACAUUUGUAAAGAGUAAUAAAAGGCAGAUUUGUUCUAGUGACAAGGAAAUGUAACAAUAUCUCCUGUGUGGGAUGUCACAAAAGCCAAUGUAACAUAACACAAUCUCCACCUGUCAAGACUUUGCUGUUCUUGAAGUGUGCAGAAAACAUCACUGGGACAAUCCCCCUUAGCCUGCCUAUGAGGUUCAAGUUAUCCAUACUCUUAACUGGAACAGCAACUUGGUCCCCAAAAUUAGCCAUGCACAGUACAGCAUCUUAUAGCUGGCCAUCAGCAUUGGUUUGUCAAGUUGUACAGGCAGGGCUAUUCUUUUGACACUUCUAAUAGGACAUCUUGACAUUUGCAACAUUUUUAAACAAACCAAAACAGUGAGUAAAUUUUACAGUUAUGCAAUCUGUCUGAACCAUUGCCUUCUCAGUGCCUGUCUCUCCAUAAAAAUAGAUGGAGUCGCACCUUCAAUGUCAGGAUUUCCCAGUCCAAAUCCUGGGAAGCUGCAACUUUGCUACUGGACUCUUAAUGGAGUCCAGCAGUGGAAUGUAAUUGAACAGUCAGGAACUAUGGCCUCUAGUUUGAGACCUCGGCUGGGGAAACAUCCUCUCACCAUCCAUCCUGUUAAUUUCUCUCAGAAUUUUGUUUUAAUAAGUUCAUCUCUCAAUCUUCUACACUCCAAUGAAUAUAGGGUUAAUCAGCUAAACCCUCCUAAUGUUAACCCCUUCAUUCCAGGAAUUAACAUGGUGAACUUCUCCAGACAGCCUCUAAUGCAAAUACAUCCAUAAAUAUGGAGAGAAAACUGCAUGGUCUCAACAGCACCCUGCAAAGUAGCAUCAACAUUUCCUCCUUUGUUUUGGAUUGUUAGUCUGGCCCUCCCUACAAAAACUGCACUUGUCACCAAUCUAAAUCUUCAGCAUAAUGAUGGUGUGUAUCUGUUGGUUUGUUUUUAGAAAAAGGAUAAGCAGUUCAUAAAUUGUAACAUUUGUAUGAAGCCAUCUCAAGCUUACAAGCAAAAAUUUAUUCCUAACCCAGGUGAUAUUUCAAGAUAAAAAUCUUAACCAGUAUUUCCUUAUUAAAUUUCAAUCAUGCUUUUGAUUUCAGUCAAAAAUACUAUCUGUAUAUUUCUGUUGCUAGUAGGUAAAGACCACUAGUUGAAAACUAAGAUUUCAAAUGCCAUAAAUGUUGAAAUCGAUAAAAUAAUAAUGUUGCAACCAAUCUUAUGAGAUAACUGAAAGCAUGCAAUUUAAAGAUGUAUACUUGCAUUUAGAAUUGGCAAUUAGAGUGUUUUCAAAAUAUUCACAUUGCACAUUUAAAUUAGUGAUAAUUAGGUAUUAUAUGGUGGAAGUAAUCUAUUUGAACUAUUGUUCAAUAGAUCUUUGUUAGAAUGGCUUAAAUGUAUGUAGGAGAGAAAACAUUGUUCAAACUCCUUUCCUGGAAGAAUGUAUUGAUAUUUUGCGAAGGUGAGCCACAACAGUCUUUCAACAUUACCAAAACUCUAUUAUUGUUCUGGGGUUUGCAGUCAGCAGUAGUGGAACUCAACAGUCACUUAUGCAGCCUGCUAAACUUCAUAUAAUUCCUUCCAUCAGUUUUACUUAAUUCCUCUGCAAAUUCUGGCCCACCUUAAAGUUCUGAAUAUUUCAGGCUUUUCAUUGCACAAAUUAUCCAGCAACUUGUUGGGAGGAAGAUGCACUAUAAAUAACCACCGAUUUUAUUGGGUAAUUUGCACUUUGACCAUUAAACUUGCAUUUAAUUAGUAAGAUUAACUAACAAUAACUGCAAUUCAAAUGGCAAUCAGCUUCUCUGCAUCAGAUAAUGCAGUCUCAUUCCAUCGUGAGAUCUGCACUUAUGAACCAGAGAUCAGUUCAAAUGUCACAAGAGUACUUUGCCAUCCAAGCUCAACUAAUUAAACAAAUUCUGGAAUAAAAAAAACUAGUAUCAACAUUAAUCAUCAUGAAAGUACCUGACUGCUUGGAAGUAGUUAAUUGCCAGGCUCAAUCAAAGGAUGUUGGCUUUGGCAGCACUGCCCACAUCUCAUGAAUAAACAAAACAUUGAUAAGAUAAAAAUCUAUGACAAAAAGGUGUUCCACUCAAAAAAAACAAGCUUUACUUGCCUUUGAUGCUCCAGUAAGAGUUGUAGGACUUUGAAACUCCUGCUGUAGAAUUUUAGUAGUUCAGGAAACACUAUUUUGUUAUAAAAGGUGUCUUUUGUAUGAACUGUGCCUUCUGUUUCAAAGUACUAGAUGCUCUUGCAUUUCCAAUCAUUACACCAAUGAAGUCCCAGUCUAAUUUGAAUUUCAGUGAACUGCAGAUUUGGUUUUCUAAGCAUAGAAAUUGUGCACUGAUAUGAUACACUACAGGUAUCUGUGAUAGUCUUAAAUAUUCGAUGUAGAGAAUGCAUUUAUACAGCAAGCCUUAAAUGAAAUUUGGUAGUCAAAUGGUUAUUUGAAUAUAAAAAUUGUAUAAUUUUAGUUGUAAUUUAUCAUUCGAUUACAAAUGUUACUAGCAUGGAAAAAAGUGUGAUAGAACACCAAGUUUAAAAAUUAAAAUUUAUCAAUUCAACACCAAAUUUCCUUUAGUGGCUUCUGCAUACAAUUGAGAAGUGUCCUUGGUCUUUAUUGAAGCUAGAGGAUUACAUCAGGAAAAUGCAUGUUCAAGGUUCUUCUAUCCAGAUUGUUUGCUCUCUAGAUUAAAUUUAUAUGGAGCAGUCAUUGUAUAGAAAUGCUCAUCUCGAUUACCAUGCAGUGUUAACAAAUGUUCAGAUUAUUUUACAUCUGAUGACUGCUAUGCUGUACCUUUUGUCAAUUAAUAAAACUAUGUCCAAAUGUA